AUGAUCCGGCAGCGUUUGAAAUCAUCGCCUUCCACAGACGCUAAGGGACGAGGAAAAACACAGCUAGUCACUUGCACUCAGCGGCCACCUCUUAGGUUUGAUCAGGCCGAAACUAAACUUCUAUACACAUUACAAUGGCUUCUCCUUGAUGCAGCAUCGGAAUGCGCUGAUAAUGACCCUAACUUUAAAGUUAACGCUCAACGAGAGCGUGCCUACCUUCACGAUCUCGCCAGCUUGCAGCUCUUCAUCUACUUAUUUGCGCCUGUCCUGGAACGCCUCAAAUGUGAAGAUUUUGAUACCUUGAAGUUGGAGUCAGGUCUUCGGCUAUGGGCUCCUCUGAUACUUCACAGGCAGCCCUAUGAAGGCUCCUUUCCCGUGCCCGUUAAAACACCCUCUGGACAAUUUGAUGAGGAGGUGAAUGUAAACCCCCUGCGGAGUUACGUAGACCAAUUUGGCCCCCUACCCACCGUCUUCCAGCGUCCUGGUGAGGGACUCAUAGAGGAGGACGAGCUAGGGGGACUGGAGGCGGUGAGCGGUGUGAGUAGACAGGUGCCUCACUCGAUCACACCUUUCUAUCCCACUUCUCCAAAUCUGAAAAUUCCCAACGCCGAGUCCUCAGAUGAGGAUUCAGCAUGUUACAAUCGGCAUUCUGUGUCAAUCAGCGCGAGUGCGCUGAAGCAAAGUCAUAAUCGUCCAGUGGUCCCAAUGGCCCGCCUUAAUGAUAUCUGUCCAGUCAGCCUGAAGGAUACCGACUCCGAGGAAUCGAAGUCGAACCGCUCUGAGAGUUUUACAAUUGGUCGGAGCUAUUUGGAGCAAACACUGGAGGAGCAAAUAGAGUCAUUGACCCAGACGGUGUUGAAGGAGGCGAUGGCGACAGAUACUGUGCUGGCGAGUCACUGCGACCUGGCAGUGAUGCGAUGCCUCUUCUCGCCAGAGUGGUCUGAAGCGGGUGCAGUGUGGGCGCUGCGCUACUUAGAGCGGCGUCUCAUGCUGCUUCGCCAUGAGCGUCGACGUGAGAGGGCCGAGGCGAGAGCGCAUUCGCGGUUUCAGCGUCUCCGUGCCACUCUUCCCGAGGCCUUCUUCGCCGCCGCCGAUGCUGUCACUGGCCAGGCCGCCGAUCUCAGAGUACUGCGCAGUCUCUCCAUGCCCCAACUCGCGCCUCCCCAUCACUAUCCUUCCUUCGAAACCUCUACUAUCACUGCUACGCCAGCCAGCCAGCCUCACAUCACCGGCUCAGCUUCAAUAGCCACCGCGGCCACUGACAUCACUGACGAAGGUGACAAUGGAGAACGCCACAGUGCUGACGGACGCCGAAAAAUAUUUGUCGUUGAUGGUACUGGAGGUGAUGAGAAGCAGUCCACGAGCAUGUCGCAGAAUACCUCCAGUUUUGACCAGCAGUCAUCUAACACAGAGAGCCAGCCAGUGUCGAUUGUACCAGCUAGCCAGCUCCGAGAGCCUACAACGCUGCCAACGCUGCACCACUUCUCGAGUGACCCACCCACUUCUCAGGCACGCUUCGUCACCAGCGAUGCCAUCGUCACCUCUUCCCCUGGUACUUUCUAUAAACGUAAACAGACACCCAAAUCCUCACUAGAGUCGAGCAAAACUAUCAAAAAAAUGGGUGUCUUUGAGAUCAAAGACCGUCGAUCCCGCCAUGGCAAGGGAAAACUUGACUUGGGGCACACGAAUUACCUUGGAAGUAAUAACCUGGAUGAGCCGACACUUUCAAAGCCGCUCUCUGAUGAAUCCAUACCGGAAGACCACUCGGGAUUUCUCACAGUGCCAUCGACCGACACCAAGCAGAUGGAUACCGCUAGCGGUAGUAUUUUACGCAGAUCCAAUCGGACGCCUCUUUCGCCCAAAUCUGUUGCCGAUCUCAUCGAUUUGCGCGACGGCCGACCGCUCUUCUCGAAAACGAAAUCACAGAUCUCACUCAACGAGGCCCGCUUUUUUGGCAGUGACGUAACUGUGAAUUUGGACGAGGUUACGGACAGCCAAAAUUCCAUCGAUGCUGGCUCGGUGAAUUUUGACUUGGGCUUUGGAUUUCUGCUCCAUCGAUGUCAUUCAGACACCAACAUCACCUACAACAGUGUGCAGCAGAUCGACGAAGUAACCGGGUCUAACCAUUACAUCAAGAGGGAUGGCCAAAUAAAUUGCGCCACAUUACUGCGCGGUCUCUAUUGGGUUUGCAACCUUCAAAGUUCCAUUCGCGUGGGCGAGCAUCUAUUGAAGAACGUCUACUGCCUCAUUGACCUGUGCGCUCUGACCUGGAAGAAACCCAAGUCCAAGAAGCAGUCGAAGCCGCGGCAAUGCUAUCGCCAAUCGCACGAAGACUCCACUCACUCCUCAGUGACACGAGUGGGUAGACGUACUUACGGUCGCCACGGUCCACAUGCACGUAGCAAAUCUGUUGCUAUCCUCGGACUCCAACCGGGACUUAACUAUACGUCGGGCUACGGUGGUAGGGCUUCCCACGUUCCUUCACGCGGCUCCUCGAUUAUCACUCACGACGACAUUGGCAGUGUGGAGAAGCUCGUCAAGGUUAACAGUAGUGGACGUUUGACACCAUUCGGUCGAAUCCGUAACCGGCGCCAAAUACCCGUCGAUGAUGGUGGCGAGCGCUCAGCAGAGAUGAGCUCGGAUGAAGAGAACAGUGCGACAAGGAGCGUUCGGGUUCAGCAAAUGCACUCCAACUUCCGCAAAUCUGAUAAAUACCUCAACGUGGACUCCACAGCGUCGACUCAAGUGCGGUUUCAGUCUCGAAAACAGAUCCCCACAAGACAAUCGAAUAACUAUUCGUUUCGACGCGGUGGUGAGAUUCCGGCUUGUGAACCAACACGCCUCUUGCCAAACAGGCUUCGUAUUGUGGACAAGCGACCACAAAGGAAGGUCAGAACAGGGGAGAAUACCACUCUACAGGAAAAAACACCGGCUAUGCUGGCUGAGGAGCAACAGCAGGCGACUAUCAACUUUGGUCUGAUUAUGGAAAUUCUUGUCAAAAUAAUUCGAGUAUUAGGUUGCUCCCACGGCCAUCCAAAUGUGUGCGGCAGCGGUGGCGGCGGAGGGCUGAGAAGCACGACAAGCGGAUUGGGGUACCCCGAUAAUCAGGCAGGCGCGGUGACGGCGAUGCUGCGUCGACACGCCCACGAGUGUCUGCUGCGCAUGUUCCACGCAAACAAGAGCCUCUUCUACUGCUUCUUCUCGCGCCUCAUUGCUGCUGUACCCAUCACUGAGUUGAUGGAGUUCCUUCAUGGUCUCACCAGCUUCUGUCUUGAUCCUGUCGUCCUCAAUCCAACUAGAUCUGUAGAAGACAAAUCAGGAACAGAUAAGCUUUCGUGA